UUUACCUUUUAAAUCAUAAAAUGCCAACAAAUUAUUCAACUAUUUCACUCGUUUUAGACUCACUUCCAUGUUGUGUUCUCUGCCACUGUCAAAGUUCCCGCCGGAUUUCCGGUGGCGUUAGAGGAUUGUAAAGCUUUCUCCUUCUAUACUUCCUUUAAAGGAUGAAGAUUAUGCUCACGAAUUGUUCGAUGAUAUAUCUCACAAGCCCAACAACAUUUGGUUGAUUUCAAAUCUUAUGCCAUGCGCUGUCUGUGUGUCAAUCCUGAGUUCAUCAGUCUCUCCGACCUCCUUCAGGGCCGCAUUAACAAUUCCCAUCUUCGUCAAAUCCAUGCCCGAGUUUUUCGUUUGCUGAAACAUCAAGACAAUCUAAUUGCAACUCGACUUAUCGGCCAUUACCCACAUUCUGUUGGACUCAGAGUUUUCAAUCAACUCAUACGCCCCAACAUAUUUCCUUGCAACGCCAUCAUCAGAGUACUUGCUGAACACAACUCUUCGUUCUUUGCUUUAUCCAUCUUUAAAUAUUUGAAGCACCUUUCACUUUCCCCUAAUGACUUCACUUUUUCUUUCCUUCUCAAAGCGUUUCACCGUUCCUGCAAUGCUCUCAAUGUGAAACAAGUUCAUACCCAUGUCCUUAAAAUGGGUUAUUUUGGUGAUUCGUUUAUCUCCAAUUCUCUUCUUGGAGUUUAUGCGAGAGGCUUGAAGGAGAUGGCUUCUGCACAUAAGUUAUUCGAUGAAAUGUCGGAUAGAGAAAUGGCUUGUUGUUGGACUUCUUUAAUUGCUGGCUAUGCCCAGAUGGGUCUUGCUGAAAAGGCAAUGCUGCUUUUUUUUAUGAUGGUCAAAGAGAAUAUACAGCCUGAGGAUGACACCAUAGUUAGUGUUCUGUCUGCUUGUUCCAAGUUGCAAAUUGCGGAAAUUGAGAAAUGGGUUGUAGAAUUAAGACAAUUGGUUAAUAAAUGUGAUUCCAAGAGGUCUUGUUGUGACUCAAUUAAUAUUGUUCUUAUUUAUCUAUAUGGAAAGUGGGGGAUGGUUGAGAAGAGUGAAGAAAAGUUCAAUGAAGUUGUUGAUAAGAGAAGUGUGCUUGUUUGGAAUUCAAUGAUAAAUGCAUAUUUUCAGAAUGGUUUCCCUGUGGAAGCCUUGACCCUUUUCCGUCUAAUGGUUGAAAAUCCCCAUUGCAAACCCAACCAUGUUACAAUGGUUACUGUCAUUUCGGCUUGUGCUCAAAUAGGAGAUUUGCAGCUUGGAAGUUGGGUUCACGAAGUUCUCCAACGUGGUGGCCGUAAAGGUAUUAUUGCAUCAAACAAAAUGUUAGCCACUUCAUUGAUUGAUAUGUAUUGUAAAUGUGGUAGCUUGGAGAGGGCAAAGGAAGUUUUUCAUCAACUAAUCAACAAAGAUGUAAUCACCUUCAAUGCCAUGAUCAUGGGUCUUGCCGUUAACAGCAAAGGCGAUGAGGCAUUGAAGCUUUUUGCCCAAAUGCAAGAGAUUAAUAUAAUACCAUCAACUGGAACAUUUAUUGGCCUAUUAUCUGCUUGUAGCCAUUCAGGGUUUCUAGAACAAGGGCGUCAAAUCUUUAUUGAAAUGACUACGCACUAUUUAGUAUCACCUAGUUUAGAACACUAUGCUUGUUACAUUGAUCUCCUUGCUCGGGCAGGCCACUUUGACGAUGCUCUUGAAGUUAUUUCAACCAUGCCUUUUGAACCCAAUAAUUUUGUUUGGAGUUCUCUUCUGAGAGGCUGUCUACUCCAUUCGAGGUUUGAGUUGGCACAAUAUGUUUCAAAGAAGCUUGUUGAAGUGGAUCCUGAAAACUCUGCUGGCUACGUAAUGCAGGCCAAUUCAUUUGCUACGGAUCUUCAAUGGGAUGAUGUCUCGGCUUUGAGAUGGUUUAUGAGAGAAAAGGGUGUUCAUAAGCAGCCAGGCCAGAGUUGGAUCAGUAUAGAUGGAACUGUACACGAAUUUUUUUCGGCAACCAAAUCACAUCCUUAUGUUGAUUUAUUAUACACUACCUUGAAUGAGCUUGAGAAGCAAAUGAAACUAGUUAUCCCAUAGAAAAAACUUCACAAGGUAUAGGAUGCGUUUAUUUAGCAAUCUUUUUACCCCUACGGAGCUUUAUUGAUGCUCAACAUGUUCAUUAUUUGUUCGUUGACAAUUGAAAAUUCCUCUUGGUUAUCUGCGACUGGGAAUACCCCUUGGAGGAAAUCCUAAAUCCAAAGCUCUUUGGAAAGAAUGAUUAGAGAUUUAUUUUGGAAAGGCAGCAGAGUGGAUGAGGAAACUGUUAGGCUUCCAAUACUUCUAAAAUAUUCACGAAACGGUGAAAAGGGGAGUUUGUACGAAAGGGUGGGAUCACACGUGACAUGACAUAAUAUUCUGUAUCGGAGUGAGCGUGCUCAGUAUAUAUACUUUUUGUUUGGAUAAUCGUAUUUUCAUGCUUUUACUCUGAGAAAGGGGAGAGAGCCAGCCCUCUUGAAUCGACUUAGUGUUUGUACUGUCUCAGGGCAUUUUCAUCGAUAUCAUAAUCAAGAUAUUGGAGGCAAUACAUUACAGAGAAGACCACUGUCCCGACUUCUAUGGGUGGAAUGGGCACUGGGAAUCUAUCUUCGUGGAACCGUGCUCUCCUUGCCAAAUAAGGUUGGCGUUUCAUGGGGGGGGAAGAUGCUUUGUGAAGGAAGGUUAUUGCUUCUAACCACUGAUGCAAUGAACGUGAUUGGUGGCCCUCAAUGAAAGGAUCUCUUACUUUAAGGGGCCUUACAUCCAGAUUAGGAAAAGUAUUCAUCGUCAAGAGAUUGGCAUAGAAUGAAGCUUGAUAAAGGUAAUGAAAUCUGGUUCUUAGAGGGUAAAAAUGGUUGAUGGAUGUGUCCGUGUUUGAAGCUUUCCCUAGACUUUAUUAUAGAUGAUUUUAAGAUGCAAAAUUUGUCAAAGAAACGUGUUUAUGACAAUUGUUUAAUGUCAUAAAAUCCGAAAUCUGUAACAUUAGAAUCAUCACUAAUUUGCUUAAUAUUUACAGUGUUACUUGCAUUAUUCAUUUUUUAUAGUUAGUUAUUCUCCCCAUA